UAAGCAGGGCUCCUAUUUGCUGCUGGAAUGUCCUUGGGUUGCGGGUGGGGUGUCAUUUUCUCCACAGAUCUGAGAGACCCAGCAUGCCUCACACUCACUGGCUGCUCCUUCUUCUGGCUGGACUCUUGGUGCUUUCUCCCAGCCAGCCAGCCCAGGAGCCGGACAACCCAUCCAAUGGAACCUCUAGAGAGCUCUCACAGUGGAACAUUUCAGGCUAUGAGAUCGCCCCCAGCAAUGCCGACUUUGCCUUCCGCCUCUACCACCUGAUAGCUUCCCCAAACUCUGGGCAGAAUGUUUUUUUCUCCCCCCUCAGCAUCUCCACCGCCUUGGCCAUGCUGUCGAUGGGGGCUGGUGGGGACACACAGACUCAAAUCCUUGAAGGCCUGUGCUUCAACCUCACAACGCUGUCAUUGCCCCAAAUCCACGAGGGUUUCAGGUUUGUGCAGCACAUGAUAGGUCGCCCAGCCACUGAUCUGCGCGUCCAUGUCGGCAAUGCGCUGAUCCUGAGCCAAGACCUGCAGCUCCUCCCCGAGUUCGUCAAUGCCACCGAGGCCUCCUACAACAGCAAAGUCUUACGCACUAACUUUGGAGACACGGAGGCUACGAUCCAACUCAUCAACAACUACGUCAAGGAGAAAACUCACGGGAAGAUCCGGGAUUUGGUCAGAGCCCUGAGCCCUGACAUAAGGAUGGUGUUGGUGAAUUAUAUCUUCUUCCAAGGUCUAUGGAAGAAACCCUUUCCUUCCGCUGCAACCUUUGACCAGGACUUCUACGUAGAUGACAGCACAGUUGUGAAGCUGCCCAUGAUGCUGCAAACCCAGCAGGAACACUGGUUCCUUGAAGACAAGCAUGUGCCCUGUGUGGUGCUGAGAAUGGAUUACAAAAGCAAUGAUGCUGUGGCAUUUUUCAUCCUUCCUCACCGGGGCAAGAUGCAGGAGGUGGAGCAGGUGCUGUCCCCAGACAUGCUAAUAAGGUGGAACCGGUUGCUUCAGAAUAGGUACUUUUACAGAAAGGUCAAGUUGCAGUUCCCCAAGUUCUCCAUUUCAAAUUCCUAUGCAUUGGAUGAGAUUUUGCCCGACCUGGGCUUCCAGGACCUGUUCACUCCGCGUGCUGAUUUCUCGCAUAUCAACAAAGAGGAGAAAUUGCAAUUAUCUAAAGUUUUCCACAAGGCUACCCUGGAUGUGAAUGAAGUUGGCAUGGAGGCUGCAGCAUCCACUGUUGUCCUUACCACCUUUUUUUCUGCCCAACGCAAGACACCUGUCCUUACAUUCAACCGGCCCUUCCUUGUGGUGAUAUAUUCCAGCAACACGCAGAGUAUCCUCUUCAUGGGGAAGGUGGUCAACCCCAAAGCAUAGCUGCCCAGCACUAGCUGGUCUGCUGCAGCAGGAGGAUGUGGCUGAGGCAGCCUGCAUACGAGAGGCUC